AAAUUCUUCAUUGUGUUUGCCGUUGUGGCCGCAGCAGCCGCCACACACAUUAGCAACGAAUACUUGCCACCAACUGUUGUUGAUGGUGCUGUUGAAACUUAUGCUGUAGAGACUGGUGUUGCCCCGGUUGAAAAUUAUCAAGUUGAAGAAGCUGCUCCCGCCCAUACCUUCUCAGAUGCUGAGGGUUAUCGUUACAAGACUUUGCGUCGCCGUGUAGUUCGUCGCCAACGUCGUGAUGUCUCCAACGAAUAUUUGCCACCCGUUGAGGUUUCAGAAGCAGUUCCUGAAGUUGUCAACACCGAACCAACUGAAAUCGUUGAAGUUGCUCCCGCCCACUCCUUCUCCGAAGCUGAUGGUUAUCGUUACAAGACUCAUCGUCGUCGUGUAAUCCGUCGCCAACGUCGUGAUGUCUCCAACGAAUAUUUGCCACCCGUUGAGGUCUCUGAAGUAGCUCCUGAAGUUGCUUACAACGAACCAAUUGAAACUGUUGAAACCGUUGAAGUUGCUCCAGCCCACUCAUUCUCCGAAGCUGAUGGUUAUCGUUACAAGACUUUGCGUCGCCGUGUGGUUCGUCGCCAACGUCGUGAUGUUUCCAACGAAUAUUUGCCACCGGUUGAGGUUUCUGAAGCAGUUCCUGAAGUUGCAUACAACGAACCAACUGAAACUGUUGAAACCGUUGAAGUUGCUCCCGCCCACUCCUUUUCCGAAGCUGAUGGCUAUCGUUACAAGACCCAUCGUCGUCGUGUCGUUCGUCGUCAACGUCGUGAUGUCGCCAACGAAUAUUUGCCACCAGUAGCUAGUGCUAACGUUGCUGAAUUCGUCAACACAUAUACCGCCCCCGUUGUUGCCGUUGAAACCCAGGAAGUUGAAUCUGCCGUUCCAGCUCACACUUUCACCGAUGUAGAUGGUUAUCGUUACAAGACUCAACGUCGUCGUGUUAUUCGUCGUAACUAA